AUGAGAGAAACCAUUAUGUACAGGAAACCAAUACCAAACAGUGUCCGUCCCCCAACAUCAUGCUCUGUCAAAUGGGUUUGCGCAUUUUUGUGGGUCGUUGCUACCGUCGCCACCGCGCCAACGUCUAUUUUCUCCACUGUGACCAAUGUGGCUGGAGAGAAGCUCUGCUUACUCAAGUUUCCUGCCGGACAUUACUGGCUGGCCUUUUAUCAUUUGCAAAAAAUCCUGGUUGCUUUUGUUCUGCCCAUGUUGAUCCUUUCCGUGUCCUAUUUGUUGCUUCUGAGAUUUGUGAGAAAGCGAAAUCUGAAUAACGUUCAUUCAAAGCGGACGAUUCAUGUCACCAAAUCUAUCACAGUUGUGGUUCUUUCAUUCUUUCUUUGCUGGAUGCCGAACCACGCAAUUACAUUUUGGGGUGUUUUGGUAAAGUUGAACGUGAUUCACUGGGAUGAAGCGUAUUAUAUUGUCAAUACUUCUGUAUUUCCCGUGACUGUUUGCUUAGCUCAUACUAAUAGUUGCUUAAAUCCGUUUAUAUAUUGUCCUACGAGAAGGGCAUUGAGAAAGAAACUGAAAAAUUGUUUGUCAAAUAUUGCCCCUUGGUUAUUAAACGGGUCUUUUCAGAAAUCGAGGCACGCAUGA